UGUUGUUAUAGUGUGUGGACUUUGACUCUGGUUUCGCUUCAGUGUUACUGUUUACCAGAACUGUUAAGCAAUUAGUUACAAUGUAUACAAUGUAGCGUGCUUUAGCUUAAAAAACUGCAAAUCUGUAACAAUGAGAGACAAAGGUCUUUUGCUAUAACGUUAUUUCAAAAGUGAUUUCAUGUUUAGUUGAGGUUUACACUUGAAAGGUAUUUCCACGAACCACAUCUGUCAAAAUGGAAACCAGUCCGUUCAUUCUAGACGGAGGUCUGGCGACAGAACUUGAAGCAAGUGGAUUUCAGUUGCAGGGAGAUCCCCUAUGGAGUGCAAGGAUUUUGCAUACAAACCCAAAGGCCAUUAAGGACGUACAUUUCAGAUUUCUUAAAAGCGGUUCUGAUGUCAUAACAACAGCCACAUAUCAGGCCAGCAUUGAGGGAUUCGUGAAAUAUCUUGGUGUCCGUCCUGAGGAGGCUCAGCAGAUGAUAAUAUCAGGGGUUCAGCUGGCAAAAGAGACCGUCCGUGAGUUCAUGUCUCACUCACCCAUAUCAGAAGACAGAAGAGAGCCUGUGGUUGCAGGUUCAGUGGGACCGUAUGGGGCAUUUUUACAUGAUGGGUCUGAGUAUACAGGGGCCUAUGAGGACAAGAUGACAAUGGAGGAGCUGAAAGACUGGCAUCGUCCACAGAUCCAGUGCUUAGUAAAAGCCGGAGCUGAUCUUGUUGCCAUGGAGACCAUUCCAGGUCUCAAAGAGGCGGAGGCUUUGGUGGAAGUCCUCCGAGAAUUUCCAGAAGCUAAAGCCUGGCUUUCCUUUUCUUGUAAGGACUUUCAGAAUAUUUCAAGCGGGAGGAGAUUUUCUGAGGCGGUUCAGGUGGCUUGUAGGUCCUCACAGCUGGUUGCAGUGGGGGUGAACUGCUGUCCCGCUCCGUUAGUGAAACCACUUCUAGAGUCAGCCAAGUCACACAAGAAAGCAGAUUUGAGCUGGGUGGUCUACCCUAAUAGUGGAGAAGGAUGGGACCCCAAGACCGGAUGGAAAAACGAGAAACGGACAUCAUUUGCCAAACUAAGUCUCGACUGGAAAGAACAAGGGGCUUUGUGGAUUGGUGGCUGCUGUCGUGUUGGUCCUGCUGAUAUAACUGAGCUGAAACAGCAACAUGACAUCAUUUAGUUUAUUCUGAAAUAAUGCAGUGAUGUAUACGAAGGUGUAUAAAUAUUUUAUUCAUAAAUAAAAAGAAUACAAUAAUAAUAGACUAG